CAUGCUACUUGUAGCUAGCUACUUUCUGUGCUGCUGCUUUGCUUUCACUUGUUGUUGUUUUUUUGAGGGGAGAAAAACACCGACAAAAACACACAUUUAACCCUCACAGGAGCACCAGUGUGUCCGUGUGGGAGCCAUGGCCCUGCAGGGCUCCGAGGAGCUGCAGGUGGAGGAGCCGGAGGAGCUGGACGACCAGGACGCGGCGAGCGUCUCCCCAGCCGAGGAGAUGACGCUGCCCUGCGGCUCCGGGGGCGACGAGGGGCCGCGGGACGCGCUGCUGCUGCCCUGGGACCGCUUCUCCGCCUGGCUGCACUGCAUCUGCGUGGUGGGCUUCGACCUGGAGCUGGGCCAGGCUGUGGAGGUCAUUUAUCCUCAUCAUUCCAAACUGUCAGAGAAAGAGAAAACAAGCAUCUGUUACCUGUCUUUUCCGGACUCCAACUCAGGUUGCCUCGGCGACACGCAGUUCUGCUUCCGCUUCCGUCAGGGCUCCAGCAGGAAGUCGUCGCUGGGGUGUUUCCUGGAGAGCACGGACAGAGACGCACCGCCCUGCCUGAAGAGGGAGCAGGGUCAUUACUACGGCUACGUCUACUUCCGUCAGGUCCGAGACAAGUCGCUGAAGAGGGGAUACUUCCAGAAGUCUCUGGUCCUGAUCAGUAAGCUGCCGUACGCGACCUUCUUCCACUCGCUGCUGAAGAUCAUGGCUCCAGAAUACUUUGAGAAGCAGGAACCUUGUCUGGAGGCGGCUUGUAAUGACAUAGACCGCUGGCCGACGCCUCAUCCUGGACGAAUCCUAACGCUGCCGAUUAUGGGCGUCGUCAUCAAGGUUCGAAUUCCCACCUGUUACGACAAACCAGGAACGUCGCAGCUCGUCCAGUCUGCCCAGAGCGACAGUUUGGUGUCCAUCGUGCUGCCAACCAUCCAUGAGGUCGAUCUCUUCAGAUGUUUCUACCCGGUCUUCUUCCACAUCCAGAUGCUUUGGGAAUUGGUGCUGCUUGGGGAGGCGCUCGUCGUCAUGGCGCCGUCGCCUGCCGAGUCGUCGGAUACGGUGCUGGCUUUGGUCAGCUGCAUCUCUCCUCUGCGCUAUUCCAGCGACUUCCGGCCGUACUUCACCAUCCACGACAGCGAGUUUAAGGAGUACACGACCCGGACACAGGCGCCGCCGUCGGUCAUUCUGGGGGUGACCAAUCCCUUCUUUGCAAAAACCCUGCAGCACUGGCCGCACAUCAUCCGCAUCGGAGACAUGAAGCAAGCAGGGGAGGUGGCCAAGCAGAUGAAGGUCAAGAAACUUAAAAACCUCAAAACUCUGGACUCUAAACCUGGUGUGUAUACUGCGUAUAAGCCAUAUCUCAAUAAGGAUGAAGAAAUCAUCAAGCAGCUUCAGAAGGGUGUUCAACAGAAGAGACCUUCAGCAGCACAAAAUGCAAUUCUUCGACGCUACUUCCUAGAACUGACUCAGAGUUUCAUCAUUCCACUGGAGAGGUACGUGGCCAGUCUGAUGCCUCUCCAGAAGUCCAUUAGUCCCUGGAAGAGUCCUCCUCAGCUACGACCCUUCAUCCAGCAGGACUUCAUGAAGACGCUGGAGAAGGCUGGACCCCAGCUCACAUCACGGCUGAAAGGAGACUGGAUGGGACUCUAUAGGAAUUUCCUGAAGUCUCCCAACUUCGAUGGCUGGUUCCGCAACAGAAGACGAGAGAUGACGCAGAAACUGGAAGCUCUGCACCUCGAGUCGCUGUGUGAGGAGGAUCUUCAGCAGAGAAUCCAGAAGCACACAGAGGUGGAGGCGGUGGAUCUGGUUCUGAAGCUGAAAGAUAAGCUGACCCAGGCGGAGCGGGAGCAGCUCCCGGUGCGACCCGGGACCCUGACCAAGCUGACGGCCCACAUCGAGGCGGUGAUCCUGGCCUUACCAGAGGACCUGCAGGGCAUCCUGCACAAGCCCCCGACGCCAUGACCUCUAACCCCUCCUGUCUGCAACACUAACCCCAGUUUGAGCUUGCUGAAUCUUUUUUGUCAUGGUUGUGGGGGAGGGGGGCUCCCUUUUACCCAGACCAGGUCCCAGUUUGAGGUCUUGCUCGGGUUUAACGUUUUAAAGAGCGUUUUCGAUGCACAAAAUGAACAGCCGGCUUCACCGACGCGGCGGGGGUCGGAAUAAACCCCGACGUCCCGGGCGAUCGCGGGGUCUGGAAGCCACCGGCCGGAUCGGGCCGCAGCUGCCAGGCCGGACCUGCCAGAGGGAGUCUUCUCUUCUCGGAGAGACACAGAGCGUUUGUACUUUAGAAAACGAGGAGAGGACGACGCCUCUGGACUCAGCAGACCGUCUCGUCGGGAGACGGCGGUGGUCCGUGUGCAGGAAGAACAGAAGUGUUUGACCUUCGGCAUUUUUACCUCUUAACAUCUUGAUUUUUACUUUUUAACUCUCUUUUUAACUCUCUUCAUCCAUUUUUUUUUUUUAAAUCUGUUUUUAAAACAAGUGCACUUCAUCACUACGUAAGCCGGUGUGCCCAUCACUCAUACACACACACACACUUACACACAAACUGAAGUGAGCAGAGCCAAGCAGUGCUUUAUGAUUCAAUUUUACUCGACUAGUCGUCAUUAGAGCAUCACACACAGGUAACCAAGCAUAGACAUAUAUACAUGUAUGUUUGUAUAUAUGUCUAUGUAACCAAGCAUAGACAUAUAUACAUGUAUGUUUGUAUAUAUGUCUAUGUAACCAAGCAUAGACAUAUAUACAUGUAUGUUUAUAUAUGUCUAUGUAACCAAGCACCAGCAACCCUUUUUACCGGAAGGGACACGGGUCCCACCUUGUUGCUGUUAAAGUUUGCUCAGGAGCCAAUCACAUCAUUGCAUCCAGGUCACAUGACCGCCAUCUAGCCAAUCACAGGCGUCUGAGAUAUUCAAGCUUUGUGAAACGUGCAGAAGCUUAAACAUUUGUCUUUUACUGAAGACUGAAUGUAAAACUGGCGUAAAAGACUUUUAUUACAAAUAUAUUCUGGAAUAUAUUUCCAUGUCAUGCAAUAAUCGUUUUCUGUUAACGAGAACAUUUUAAUUGCCUCGGAGUGGCACAAAAAUUACAUUUAAAUGACAAAACCCUGCGAGGCUUCAGAGUAAAACUAACAUAAGUAAAUGAUUUUGGGGGCUCUCAAGUCAUUAUUUUUAUAAAAAGGAAUUUAUAUUGAGCCUUUUGUUGGAGCAGAGUAAUCAUAAACUAGUCCUUACUUUUAAUUAUCCAUCUUUAUCAACUAUAAACUAUUUAGGUCUGUCAUUUUCUAGUAAAGACUGAUUUAUGCUUCAGAUGUGUUUUUUAAAUCGUGUGAAUUAUCCAAAACCCGACGCAUUCUUGGCGUCAAAGGUUUUGUAUUUGAGAGGCUCCUGAAUGUAAAAGCAGUCUGUCUCCGUGAGGAUGCUGUUGCCUAGUAACGGCUUUUUAACGGGUCUCUGUGGCAAACGGACAUGCGCAGACUUCCCCGUUAAGUUUAACGGCUGAAUUAGUUAAAUGUUGCUGCUGAACACCCUUUUUUUUUUUUCAUUUCAAAAACAAUGUUAAAAAUAAUGUUAAACUUUAACUUUUUUAAAGCAGCAAAAAGGACCGUUGUUGAUAUUAAAAUAUUGGCGUCCGUUUUAAUUUCAAGGAGUAUUGGACUACUUGGUAUCAGCUCUCGCAGUGUUUAGUCUCUAUUUUCAUCAAAAGCCAGCCAGUAAUGUUGACUAAAAGACUCUGUAAAGUAAUAAUUAAAGACAAACCGAGAAAGAGACCAAACAAGACGACGUCGUAAAAGCCACUUGUCCUCUGAGCCAGUAGGGGGAGCCCUUGAGCUGAAAACGACUGAAGUUCCUCUGCUGCUUUAAAUACAGAUAUUUUUUUAAAUGUAACAUUUCAAGUCUGCAGAAACAGAUUUAUUAAAUUUAGUUUGUGCCAGGGGUAGAAAAAAAUAUAUAAAUAACGAUAGUUGUUUUACAAAGCACAUUUAAAAGUCAUGAACGUAAACGCACAAAGCAAAACAAGAGGGGCGAGCAGAAAGUGUUCACUAAUACAGGUGUGAGAUAGAACUUCAGCAAUAAAAAUAGUUCCUAAAAGAAAUGAAUAUGGGGUGAAAAUAAUCAACCAGGUUAAAAGCCGGGGAGAAGAAAUGAGUCCUCAGCUGUGAUUUAAAUGUUUGAUUGACAGUAGAAGUUGGCAGCUGUAAAUCUCUACAAUAAACUAACAUCCACAAUUCUGUGCUCAGUGGGAGGAAACGAGCAAAAAUAAUGAUGUAUAUUGUCUUUUUCUGGAACCAACAGAGGCGUAUUUUCACUAGAAAGGAUGAAUUUAGGCUUGGAAACGGUCUUUUGUUGCAUCUUUGUGUUAAGUUUAAAGUUAUGUUGUAGUGACUGAAUAUUUGACUGAUUUGGCCGUUUCUCAGAAUGUUUACCAUUAAAUCUAAGAAAGGAAGAAAAAGCCUCCAGCAGUGGGAGUUUACCGGGGUGGUCGAUGAGGCCUCCCGACUGGUUUCAGUAAAAAUGUGAGGAAGAUUUCUUCUCACCUUUAACUCCUGAAAAGUCACUUCUGGUCUGAAAAAAGAAGAAAAGUGUUGUUUCUGCUCAGGAUUCCCUGCGCUGCUUUAAAGAGAAGGAAAACCACUGAGUUCAACAAGCGAAAACCACAAACAGGGUUUUAUUUUUUUUCAUCUUGGUGUUUUGUGUUUUCAUCUAACAGCUAAACUUCUGCAAAUGUAUAACAUUAAUGUUUAAAAAAAAUCCAUCAUUGGUUAAUUUGAAGUUCAGAAACAUUCCUGGAGCUCCAACAGGUCUAAUAAUCGUGCAACCGGUCAAGUCGGAGAAUAAAUUACUACGACUCAUUUCAUUUGUAUAAAGUUCGCAUUUUGUCUAACUUUUCAAACUAAUUUUCUUUUAUUCUGUAACAUGUUUUAUAAUUGUUUGAAAUUCGCUUCGUUGUUGACAAAUUAAGAGAGUUGAGAGAAAAAAAAUGCUGCUUGGAAAAACCUGUGACCACUAGUUGUUGGGCAACUAUGAAAGUUUUAUAUUUGUUUUAAAAAGAUACUUUUAAUUUUUAUGGAGGGCGAGUCAGGAGUUUUUGUACAUACAGAUGUAAAGUGAAGAGGCCCA